AUGGGAAUAUUCUCAAGCUCAAAGUCCUCUUACAAUCACUCGCCACAAUACUCUAAAUCCUCAAGUAGCUGCAGAAUUCCCGCAAAUCCUCAGACGAGAAUCGCUCCCAAAAUGUCAUACGAACAACUCAAAAGAAAGAUCUUGUAUCUCGAGGAUGAAAUUCAUAAAUUGGAGGGACAAUUGGAUGCAUCUGAUUUGCGUAGUAGAAUGUGGUGGACAGAUAUAGAGAAUUAUUAUAACGGCAUGAAGAAAGAUUCGGAGGAGUUCCAGAGGAAGGUUGAUCAGAGACAAGUGAGAUUUAGGAAUGCAAUGAGGAAAGCUCAGGAUCGGGAAAGAGCUAUCAGGAAGUAUGAAGAAGGAACGUAG